AUGGAAAGUGGAGUUUUUCUACCUUGUCUGGAUCAGUUCAUGAUGAGCCCACUCGUCACUUGGGUCAAGACGUUUAUGCCUGAGGAUCAAACUAUGCUCUUUGACUUCUCUGUUUUGUUGGAUGGAGUGUUUCUGAACGACAUCAUGAGUCAAAUAAGUGCUUCAGCUAGACCUCAGGACCUGACAAAUGUGAACAGGAUUCAUAAUCUAAGUCUCCUUGUCCAGAAUAUCAAGACAUAUUACCAGGACCAUCUUAAACAGUUAAUCAUGACCCCCUUGCCAAAUGUGUUACUGCUGUAUAAGACUCCAUAUUGUGAACAUGCUCUAGAAGAAAUGAAAAAGCUUUUACUGUUGCUUUUGGGAUGUGCAGUCCAGUGUGAAAAUAAAGAAGACUAUAUUGAAAGGAUCCAAACUCUUGAGUUUGAUACUAAAGCCGCAAUAGCUGCACAUAUUCAAGAGUUGACCCAUAGCCAGGAGAAUAUUUUGGAUUUGCACUGGUUGGAGGUCAGAGAGGGACAACAGGAUGAACUGGAGGAUACAGCCAGGAGGAUGGCUUUACACAUCCGCAGCCUUCUGGAUCAAAGAGACACCUAUUUGGAGGCCAUCACAGAACUUAUGCAGGAUUGGGGCAGUGGCUGUAGCCCGCAGAGUGGCCCACAGUCCAGCAUGGAACAACAGCAGAGAGGGGCUCAGCAGCACCUGUCAGUGGAGCUGGCCGACUGCAAAGCCAAGAUCAGAAGACUUAGGCAGGAGCUAGAAGAAAAAAGUGAACAGAUGCUGGACUGCAGACAUGAACUGGAGAACAUGGCAUCAGAGCUGAAGAGGAUCCAACUGGAGAACUCCCAGCUGCUUGUGGAUGCCCGUACAGCUCGGACAUAUCGCGAUGAACUGGACUCUAUAAGAGAGAGAGCCAUAAGAGCAGACAAGCUUGAAAGUGAAGUUGGGCGUUACAGAGAUCAGCUGCACAAGAUGGAAUUUUACAAGGCUAAACUGGAGGAACUCAAAGAGGACAACAGGGUGUUACAAGAGACCAAAGACGUCUUGGAGGAGCAGCUAGAGGGUUGGAGGUCACGUUCUGAUAAAAUCCAUCAACUUGAGAAGCAGUGUCUGCUAUUGAAAGCUCAGGUUCAUGACUUAGAGCAGGAAAAAGAGGUUGACCAAAAGCGCAUUGAGGAUCUGCAGGAAGAGAACCUUGGUCUGUACAUGGCCCAGAGGAGGAGUAUGGAGGAGUCUCAACACCUGGGUUGGGAAUUAGAGCAACUUUCUAAGACUACUGAAGACUGCCAGGGUCCACUAAGUUUAAGUGAGGAGGUGAGUGAAAAUACCCAUAGCCGGAUGCUAAAACUUGAAAAGGAGAACCAAAGUCUGUUGAGAACAAUUGAAGAACUUACAGCUGUCCCAAGGAGCUCAGAAGUACCCAAAGGAUUACAGUCACCAAACUCAUAUUCAGUAAAUCAAAUGAACAGUUCAGGACAAGAGAUGUGGAAUGGAGAGGUGAACUACUCUCAAGCCCACCCGGUCACACUGGAGCAGGUCCAAACUAAGAUUUUCUUUACAGAAGGGACAGAUUUCCUUACACAGGAGAAAGGAUUGGUGGAAAAAGGAGUUGGUGGCAUGCAUUUGAAAGACCUAGAAGAGCAUGAAAACUAUCACAAUCAGCAGCUUUGUUGUGUCGAGCCAGAGAGAGUUCACACUUCUGGCUCAAAGAACUCAAGUCCGAGCCACGCCAGCAUCUUUACUGGUCUGCCAACUUACUCCUCCUACAACAACAAGCACACACAGCGACUAGAGGUCAAAUGCAGGAACCUGGACAUACUUAACCAGCAUCUACAGACAGCAUUAGACAACACUGAUCGAAAAGUUCAGCGUCUAGAGGCAGAAGUUCAAGAGCUGGAGACAGAAAAUCAAACUUUGCAAGCCACUUUGGAAGAUAUACGCAUUUCUACACGAAGACUGGAGCAACUGGAAACAGAGAAGUCUACUCUCGAGCAGGAAAACACUGUUCUGGAGAGAGAGAGGAGACAGUUAGAAAAAGAAAACAGGCGACUUCACCAGCAGGCUGAAAUCCAAGAUGCAAAUUUAGACCGCAGUAAUGUCUGUAUAACCAGUCUGGAAAAGGAGACGCGCCUUCUCACAAAGGAGCUAGAGAAUUUAAAGGAGACUGCUGAAAGAGUGAAAUCCACCGAGAGAGACAACAGAGAACUGAGCAAGCAAAGUGCAAUCGACCAGAGGACACUGGCCACUCUCAGAGAGGAACUGGUCAGCGAGAAGCUCAAAAAUCAGCAAAAUCACAAUGAUUUGGAAAGGUUGAGAUGUGAGCUGGAGAUGAAUGAUGCACAAGAGGAGCAAGAUACGCUUGACACAGAUAGGUUUAAGAUGUUGGGGUCUGAGCUUGAGUUAUCUCUCAAGAAGUCUCUUCAGAUUAAAGAAGAAAAGAUAGAAGCACUAGAAGCUCGGUUACAGGAAUCUUCAACACUUAAUCUGCAACUACGCCAGGAUCUUAAAACUGUAAAGCUAAGCUAUGAGGCACUGCAGCAGAGGCUGGAUGAAGAGUCUACACUAAGCUCUUCACCCCCAAGAGAAACAGGCAAGGCAAUGAGUGAAUGGCUACGAGAAAGUCAAGAGGCAACUAAGGAGCUGCUAAAACUUAAAGACAGACUCAUAAAAGUGGAGCGGAAUAAUGCAAGGCUAGAGACAGAGCGCCAGGGUAUGCAGGCCCACGUGAAGCAGCUAGACAGUCAGUCAAAUGCUCAGCAAGCACAAAUCCUCGCUCUACAAAGACAAGCUACAGUUUUACAAGAGAACAACACUGCUCUCCAAACACACAAUGCUAAUCUGCAGGUGGAGAAGUCUACUCUGAACUCCCAGUGUGCUUCUCUGCUGGCACAGAAUGCCCAAAUGCAGCAGCAGCAAACAAGGACAGAGAAUGAGCGUGACACUUCCGCACGUGACCGAGAGGAGUUGCGGUCAGUCCACGAGCAACUGUUACGAGAUCAUGAGAGACUUGCAGCUCUGCACGAAAAACAGGCAGCGGAGUAUGAGGCUCUAAUGGGCAAACAUGGAUGUCUGAAAAAGGCACACCGCACACUAGAAUUAGAGAACCGCACACUGCAGGACAGGUACAACACAUUAGUACUGCAGCGGACUAAACUUGAAGAACUUGAAAAAUCCCUUAAGGAAGAACAGGUGAAGAUCGCAAUGGAAAAAGAACAACACAGGACAACAGCUGCCGAGUGCUGCAGGCUCCGAGAUGAGAAGGACUGGCUUAACCAAACCUACCGUCAGCUUCUCAAUGAUUAUGAGUUACUGACCACUGAUCACAAAGAAGUUAAAGGUCAGCUGAAUGAGGCCAAACUUGAGCACACCUGGCUACAGGCUGACUUCUCUAAACUUAAAAAGGAGUUUCAGGAACUGGACAUUACCUCCACUAAACUGAGCAAUCAGUGUGAGUUGCUGGGCCAGCUGAAAGGCAACUUGGAGGAAGAGAACCGGCACCUGCUCAACCAGAUUGAAAUCCUUAUGAUUCAAAACAGAACCUUGUUGGAACAGACCAUGGAAAGCAAAGAUCUGUUUCAUGUUGAGGAAAGACAGUACAUUGAUAAGCUAAAUGAUCUGAGAAGGCAGAAGGAAAAGCUUGAAGAAAAGAUAAUGGACCAGUACAAAUUUUAUGAACCAUCACCUGCUCGAAGGCGUGGAAAUUGGAUCACACUUAAACUGAGGAAGCUAAUCAAAUCUAGUAGCCGUGAUAGUGGAUCCGAACAACCACCUUCGCCAACUCAUCCUGGGACAGACCCUCACCUCCUGUGUCAUGAUAACAGCUCCUUCAUCGGCCUUGAUGGGGCGUCUUCCUCACCGUCAGGUCACAUGACACUGCCUCGUUACAGCAGCACCUCUCUCAAAAUAUUUCCUCGUAUGAAGAAGAAACUUAAGGACAAAGACAAAACCAAGUCCAUCUUUCGUCGGUCCAUGUCCUUGAGUAGUUUAGUGCAUCCCCCGUCCCCGCUCAGAGAUGAGAGGUGGGCAGGCAGCACGCAGAUGCUCGAUAGGUCAGAUACAGAAAUAAACACGGAGGACACAAUGACUUCAUCUUUUACAACCUCCAUCCUAUCCAUCUUCAACCCUCAUCCUACAAAAUCAGAAACCCUUCAUCCGCCCACUCAUCACUCUGAGACUGCCCUUGAUGUGUGUGACCAAUGGGUAACAGAUAAGGAUUCAAAUGACAGUGCUGUGCCAUCUGGAGUGGAAGAUAACGACGAGCUUCAAAACCACGAUGCAAAUGGCACUCAAAGCCGAGCCCAAAGUGAAAGCAGUGGAGAGUUCAGUGUGAGCCUUGAUAAUCAGCCCUGGUCCAGUGGCAGCAGCCCAGUCCAACAGCCCCAGCUACAUCACAAUUCUACUUCCAUUCAGGCUCCCACUGAUGCUUCUACUCCACAACAUGGUCACAUGCGGAAGUCUUCUAAUGUUACGCCCAAAGACAAGAAAAAGGAUCCUGGAUCAGCUCAGGACUUCUGGCUCACGAGAGGCACAAGGAGCCUCAGAAGAGGUUCAAAGAACAAGUUUACACACUGUCUGUCAGAUGCAACAGACAGCGAGAAAACAAACCAGGAGGAAAGCGAAACUGAUUCAAAAUCAGAUUUAGGGAACACUGUAGCAACUAGAGUUGUUGCUUGUUCUCCAAUCACAGUGUUGUAUGUUCAAGGCAAAUCAUCUUCAAUGUCUGGGUGCCUAAACUGUUUCUCUGUGCCUGCUGGUAAAGAGGGGAGACUUAAAGGGACCAAGUUUGCUAAAAGCCUUCCUCAUGCUGGAGGUGUUAUUUCCCAAGCAGAGAGUUCAUCCAGACGCUCAAGUGUCGGUAGUGACUGCAGGGUAAAGCUUGAUCCCUUACCUGUCCAAGUCUCUGAGAGUAUAACAAGGCAAGAUGAAUCAUGUUCAGCAAACCAUAUAGAAGCAGACAUGCACAAUGAGCCAGUUCCUCCAAUUAAACCUCCAAGAGACCCAGCUGCUGUUCCUACUGACCGCCCAAAGUCCCCUGUGCAGGAGUCAGCUUUUGGCUCAGCAUUCACUUUUAACUCAGUUUUCUCCAACACAAUAUUUAGUGACUCUGUGAUCACUACUAGUAUGGUCAGACCUGAAAGCAAACAAACUUUCAUGCAGCUAACUCAGUCUCUUUUGGAAAAUGGUCCAGGACAAAUGUACCUCUGUAAUACCCCACAAACACUGCUCAGUGUGGAGUCUGUGGAGGAUCGAUCUGUAGAGAGUAUCCCAAAGUCACUGAAUUAG